UGAACAGGAGCGCACGCACAAAGCACCAGAUUUCAGCUUGAAACUAAAGCGGUCACUACUCCCGUUAGUCGUUCAGUUUAGUAGCUUAAUCUAAGAUGUCUCACGUAGUUACCACCACCACUACUACCACCACAACAUCCAGUGGAGGUUUCGCAAAUGUGGGUUACACGCGUACUCUGCAAGGACAGCUGAAAAUCGCACAAGUGGUCGCUCUCCUAAUUGCCUUCCUGUGUGUUCACCUGUCGAGGUACUGGACUGACUACACAGCUAUGCGUUACUUUGAGGUGGUCACGCUCUGGUUCCUCAUCGCCUUCCUCAUCUUCUUCAUCAUGCACCUGCUGAGGCUGCAGAGCAAAAUCCCCUGCAUCAACUGGACCCUGACGGAGUUCCUACACUAUGUACUUGGGACCAUCCUAAUCCUCAUUGCCUCCAUAGUCAUGGCGGUGAAGGCUCACGGGAUCGCUGCCCUAAUAGCCGGCUCAGUCUUUGGCUUCAUUGCGACUAUUCUUCUGGCCUAUAAUAUGUGGACAUCGUACAAAGUCACUUGGGGAUCCCAACCAACCAGUUCAGCAGUGUAAAAAAGACAUACCGACAAAAACUGAGAUGGGUCCAGUUGUUGGUUGUAAAAUGAAAGCACUUCUACUGUUUUAAGAGCCUGAAAGUGUUUGCAGGGCAAGCUUUGCCAAAACCCUUGACCAUUUUAUCUGCAAUUGUCAUGGCUAUUUUUAUCUGUGCUUCAAGCCAUGCCAUUUGACAUAGAAAAGGAAAGGUUUUGAUAUGAAUUACAUAUUAAAGAAAAUGAUAUAGCUUUUUACAAAUUACAAUACCGGUAUUUAUUUGACCUGUUUUCUUCUGAAGAGUUACUAUAGUGCCUUGCUAAGUAUAUGGAAUUUCAACAGAAUUUCUGCUCCCACCUUAUGGUAAUGUGCCAUCUAUUUCAAUAGUCAGUAUUUGUAUUGUUUUCUAUAUGGGAAGUGCUGUGUACUGCAUAUGUACUGUAUCACCUUUGACCUUUGACAACACAAGUGCUAGUUACAAGGGCACAAUAUUCAUACUGUAGAGUGGGACCAGGUUCUUGACUGAAUACGAGCAGUUGCUUUUAAAAAAAUGUUCUCAGUGGUUAAUUGGCUCUAGCGUUGGGUCAAGCACAGCCAUAUUUUUUUUUAUACAAAUGUAACCGACUAUUAUGAUUGUGUAUGCUUUGUGUUGGUCCAGACGAGGACAUGCAGCUGUUUGCCAUUCGAAUGAAGUCACCAGUUUUUAUAAAACUCUACUGUCUUUUUGUG